CUGACUCUCGUGCUCGUAGUCGCGCUGUUUCGUCGCUCCUCUCCAGCGCGCUCUCCGGCUCUCCAGCCCAAGUUUACGCACAGGGAUGCGGGCGCGCAAAGCAGCCUGAAUAUGGGUCUCGUUAGGAUUUAUUCAUUUUUUAUUCAUCUUCACUUAUUUGUUUUGGGUCAAGCUUUAAGGAAUUAUCCGGAUAAUGAAGUUACUUUGCUUGACUCGAUGUCCGCCCCAGGUGAUCUGGGUUGGGAAGCGUAUCCUCCAGAGGGGUGGGAGGAGAUAAGUGUUAUGGACGAGCGCAACAUACCUAUGAGGACGUACCAGGUGUGCAAUGUAAUGGAGGCCAAUCAGAACAACUGGUUACGCACCGGCCUGAUACAACGCGAGGGGGCCCAACGCGUGUACGUGGAGAUCAAGUUUACUCUACGCGACUGCAAUAGCUUGCCAGGAGUUCCUGGAACAUGUAAGGAGACUUUCAACGUCUACUACCACGAAUCCAACAACGCUGUCACUGCUCCUCUGCGGCACAUACGCGAGAGCCAGUACGUCAAGAUCGACACUAUAGCGGCGGAUGAGAGCUUCACGCAGACCGACGUCGGGGAUCGUGUCAUGAAACUAAACACAGAAGUGCGGGACAUCAGCGGUCUUAACAAGAAGGGCUUAUACCUUGCUUUUCAAGACUUGGGCGCUUGCAUUGCUCUGGUGUCGGUGCGAGUCUUUUACAAGCGGUGUCCGUUAGCUGUUCUCAAUCUAGCACGGUUCCCAGACACGGUGACGGGUGGAGAUUCAGCAUUGGUGGAGGUGCGUGGUGCUUGCGUGCAGGAUGCAGAAGAAUUGGAGGCACCACGGAUGUUCUGCAGCGCUGACGGAGGUUGGCUGGUGCCCAUCGGCCGCUGCGUCUGUCGUCCAGGCUUCGAGGAGGUAGACGGUCACUGCCAACCAUGCCGGUCAGGUUUCUACAAAGCUUCUGCCAUGGAUGCAUACUGCGUGAAGUGUCCUCCACACAGUUACUCCCAUCAGGACAAAGCAUCCGAGUGUGUGUGCGAGAGAGGCUUCUACCGGGCCGAAAUGGACCCCCGCUCUAUGCCUUGCACAAGACCACCCUCCGCACCCGGCAACCCAGUUUCCAUGGUGAACGAGACCGCGGUUACCCUCGAAUGGAGUCCACCUCGUGAAAACGGCGGUCGCGGAGAUGUCACCUACAGCGUCCACUGCCGGAAGUGCUCCGGAGAGACGGGCACGGGGCGAGAUGUCGAAAAGUGUGUUCCCUGCGGAAGCGGGCCACGGUUUAACCCGAGGCAGUUUGGAUUGAUGCACCCCAGAGUUUUGAUCACAGAACUGCAACCCCACACCAACUACACCUUCAGUAUAGAAGCCCUAAAUGGAGUGUCGGAUCUCAGCCCCAGUCCACGUCAAAUGGUGUCUGUGAACGUCACCACUAGCCAAACAGUGAGUGUCAUCGUAAAGGAAAGAAAGGGCACCGACAGUGUAACGCUGGCAUGGCACGGUCCAGAACCUUCUGAUGGGACCGUUGUGGAAUAUGAGGUCACCUAUUAUGAAAAGAACCAGCACGAUCAGAACUACACGGUGCUCAAGACCAAAUCUAACAGCAUGACCGUGGAUGGACUCAAGCCAGGAACCACAUACGUGUUCCGGGUUCGAGCUCGCACGGAUGGUGGCUAUGGCAACUACAGGGGGGAGAUUGAGUUGGAGACACGCCAUGAAGAUAUGUUGGCGGUCGGAGACCCCAACCAGCAGACCAUUUUGGCUAUUUCUGUAGCUGGAGGUGCUGUACUGUUGGUCUUACUAGUGGCCUGUUUUGUUGUGAGUGGACGGCGCUGUGGAUACAUAAAGGCAAAGCAAGACCCAGAGGAAGAGAAAAUGCAGUUUCAGCAUGGACGAGUCAAACUUCCUGAAACGCGAACAUACAUUCACCCGCACACGUAUGAAGACCCAAACCAGGCGAUACGAGAUUUUGCCAAAGAGAUUGAAGUCAACAACAUUCGAAUUGAGAGAGUUAUUGGGGCCGGUGAGUUUGGAGAGGUGUGCAGUGGGCGUCUAAGGUUGCCCAGUAAAAGGGAGAUCCAAGUGGCGAUCAAGAGCCUGAAAGCUGGAUAUUCAGAGCAGCAGAGACGAGACUUUCUGAGUGAGGCCAGUAUCAUGGGUCAGUUCGAUCAUCCCAACAUCAUUAGACUGGAGGGAGUCGUCACAAGAUGUAAGCCUGUGAUGAUAGUGACUGAGUACAUGGAAAAUGGAUCUCUGGACACAUUUUUGAAGAAACACGACGGGCAGUUCACAGUCAUCCAGCUUUUGGGAAUGAUGCGUGGCAUAGCUGCAGGGAUGCAGUAUCUUUCCGAGAUGAACUAUGUACAUCGGGAUUUGGCAGCACGUAAUAUUCUGGUGAACGGAAACCUGGUGUGUAAAGUGUCCGAUUUUGGGCUUUCACGUGUGCUGGAGGAUGAUCCCGAAGCGGCCUACACAACACGGGGUGGUAAAAUUCCCAUUCGAUGGACAGCCCCUGAAGCAAUCACUUAUAGGAAGUUCACAUCAGCCAGUGAUGUCUGGAGUUAUGGCAUUGUCAUGUGGGAAGUGAUAUCCUACGGGGAGCGACCGUACUGGGAAAUGUCCAAUCAGGAUGUGAUAAAAGCUAUAGAUGAAGGCUACAGGCUUCCGGCACCAAUGGAUUGUCCCGUAGUUCUUCACCAGCUCAUGCUGGACUGCUGGGAAAAGAACCGCAGCGAUCGACCGAAAUUCGGGCAGAUUGUCAACACGCUGGACAGGCUCAUCCGAAAUCCUAGCUGCCUGAAGCAGCUGGCCAACACUGCGGUCUGGGAGGAUCCAGUGACCCCUGAGGCCGGGGUCAGUACCGUAGGGGACUGGCUUGACUUAAUUAAAAUGGGUCAGUACAAGGAACAGUUCUCCAGUGCCGGUUACGUUUCCCUGGACUCGGUCCUGUACGUCAGUGCCAGUGAACUGGAUCAGAUGGGUGUAGCACUGGCGGGCCAUCAGAAAAAGAUAAUUUCUAGUAUCCAGUGUCUUCAAGCACAACACAGGGCUCAGGUUCAAGUAUAGCCCUCAACUUCCCAGACCCAUUCCACUUCUACUGAGGAGGAGCAUUCGUCCCACAUGGAGGCAUCUUGCUGCAAAAUGACUCAAUGUCUUAUUUCUCUACCAGCACUGAAGUUCAUCCGCCCUACAGGAAUACGAUGUGUUCAGAGACUGUGGACGUUCACACCACUUAUUAUUGAAGAUCCAGCGAUCGGGAGGAAAUUGAGAACCUACACCAUGUGACAUCACAGCACUGUGACAUCACGCUUCACUCCUCAUUGUACAGAAGACCUUGAAGAAACACCAACUGUGUCUUGUGAACUGUUUUGCAGCGAUGCUAGUUUGAUGUUGUGGUGGUUUGAACCCAGAUGAGGUCAUGAAGGGGUUCAUGCAGACUUGGGUACAUGGUAAUAGUUUAGCAAGACUCCUCAUCAGUUGCAUAAAGCAACAAAGCACUGAUUUCUCACAAACACACACACACUUUUAUACAGAACACAUUUAUACUCGGCCAAAUCUACGUUCGCCAGCAUCUGUGGAAAAUGUCACAUCCACGGUGGAGUAUUCGGAGACCCACCUUCUUGACCUUCAAUGUGCAGCGGGAGAAAAAGCGAAAGCUUGGAGAUGAAGUAAUCGUUGCACACUCUUAAAAGGACAGAUGGGCAAUGUCACAUAAAAGACAAAAAUCUCGAGCAAGAUUUUUCCUUCACGCUGCCUUCAACUUUUGUUCCUGUUUUUCAACACGGCAAUGUGGAGAGCCCUGUCAUUUGAUGUGGGUUUUCAUUACAUAUUUUACAUCAUCGGUCCACGCCUCAUUGCUUUGAUUGAAGGAGACGGGAAUAUUUUUGUGCAGUUAAUCAGAGGGAUGACAUCUCCGAAACGUACUGGUGUUGAUGGAGGUGAACUGUACAAACUAUAUUUGUCUUGGAUCCUGUUUAGUGUCAGUCCGCUGGUUAUCGAGCGAGUGAUACUUCUUUAUUACAUUUCCAAAUGGUCUGAUAAUGACUGGAGAGGCUUAAACAUACAAUUUUCACAUCAUUUCAUGCACAAUGUUUUAAAUCCUGUGUGAAACGUGUCAGUAACUGAUAUUUCCAAUGUUUCCAGUGCUUCGAAAAUAAAUCCGUCAACCGUUUUCCCAUGUUUAUAGGCAGUGCUUGGUUUUUGCACUCUGAAAUGGCUACGUGUAACAGUAAUAAGGAAGAAGAUUGUACUGAAGUAGAAAUUGAGACUUUGUACAGUGUUGGUUAUUGUAUUUGUACAGUAAUGACUUAGUGUUUUAAAGGUUUGUCAGUUGUAAAUUAAGGCAAUGUCGUAACUCUUAUUUAAACCUUCAACUUUAGCUUUGGACAGACGAGGAUUGUGAGGCUGUAGAAUGUAAUGGAUAUAUUAGCUUUAUGGUGUUGGGAAAAGCUAAGCAUUCUCAGGAUUUUAAUUUUUCACUAAUACACACUUCAAGACGGCAACAAAACUGACAGAAUGGCCACCUAGCAGUUCUGUCUACUCUCUGUUAGCUGCCUUUUUAAUUUUAUCAUUAUUUAUAAUAUGUUACAACUUCACACAUCAAGUUGCAAAUCAUGUGUGACCCUGGACCACAAAACCAGUCAAACACUGCAAAAAAUGAUUUUCAAGAAAAAAAUUCUUAGUAUUUUUGUCUUGUUUUCAGUAAAAAUAUCUAAAAAUUCUUAGAUUUAGAUGUAUUUUCUUAAUGAGCAAAACGACCCAAAAAAAUAAGUCUAGUUUUUAGACCAAAAAUAUUAAAUUAAAGUGAUUUUGUGCAUAAAACAAGCAAAAAAAUCUGCCAAUGGGGUAAGCAAAGAAAUCUUGAAAAUUUGUCCUAAACACUAAAUUCAAGAAAAAUUCAAGAAAAAUUUGCUUACCCCAUUGGCAGGUUUUUAAUCUUGUUUUAUGCUCAAAAUCACUUAAAGUUGAUAUUUUUGGUCUAAAAUCGAGACUUAUUUUUUGGGUCGUUUUGCUCAUCAAGAAAAAGCAUCUUAACUUAAGAAUUUUUAGAUAUGUUGAAAACUGAAAAACAAGAGAAAAAUACUAAGAAUUUUUUUUUUUCAAAAAAUGACUUUUUUAUUAGUAUUUUGGUCUUGUUUUUUAUUCUUAAAUCAAGAAUUGUCUUGAUGAUCAAAAUGACCUAAGAAAAUAAGUCUAGUUCUUAGACAAAAAAAUAUACAAAUUAAGUGAAUUUGUACUUAAAAUAAGCAAAAUUAUCUGCCAUUGGGGUGAGAAAAUUUUGCUUGAAUUAAGUGUUUAAGAAAAAAGAAACCUUGGGCCUCAUUUAUAAAAUGCUGCGUAAAAACCAUCCUAAAUUUGAUCUUACGAUCAUUUAACAAAAAUGCGUACGUGUGAUUUAUAAACCGAACGUACGCGCAGAAAACGCGCGUACCCCUUUCAAAUCUUUAAAUCAGAAAUGAACUUGUGCGCGCAGCCGAGCAGUUUCAGAUCUCCGCCUUUAAACGAUGCGUAAUUAAUGUCAGACAUAUAAAAAGCGCUUGUCAAUGUUUAAACCCAAUUUCAAACAGCAAGAAUGGCUUAUAUUUCCAAAAACCUGCAGCAAUCAGACAAGCAAAAGUGCGUACGUCUGAUCAGACCCUGACAUGGCGCUAAGCACUUUUCCACGUCAAAGACGGUUUUUAUAAAUAUGGACUUUGCCGUGGAUUUUCGCCUACGCACACUUUACGAUCAAAAUGAGCUUUAUAAAUGAGGCCCCUUAUUUCAAUAUUUUUUUCAUACCCCAUUGGCAGAUAUUUUUGCUUGUUUUAAGCACAAAUUCACUUAAAUUGUAUAUUUUUUGUCUAAAAACUAGACUUAUUUUUUGGGUCGUUUUGCUCAUCAAGAAAACUAAAUACAAAAAUACUAAGUAAGAAAGUGUAUGUUGCUAAGGACUUCAUUUAGACAACUUUAAAGGCGACUUUCUCAAUAUAUUGAUUUUCCUGCACCCUCGAUUUCCAAAUCCCGGCCAAAUAUUGCCAUAUCCCAUAAAUCAUACAUCAAUGGACAGCUUAUUUAUUCAGCUUCAGAUGAUGUAUGAAUUUCAAUUAAAAAAAUUGACCAUUAUGACUGUUUUUUUGUGGUCCAGGUUCAUAUUUAAGUACUGUAAAACAGUAUUAAGUAAUAGCACAACUCCAGCACUCUUGUAAGGAAACU